AUGAAGCUGAACGUCAAGAACAUACGCUACCUCAUGUCGGACGACUGGCGCGUCCUCACUGCGACAGAAAUGGGUAGUCGGAACCAUGAAGUCGUGCCCACGCCUUUAAUUGCGCAAAUCGCUGCUAUCCGCUCCGGCACCGGUGUGCAUAAAUGCAUAUCAAACCUCGCAAAGAUUGGCCUCAUCGCCAAAGUCAAAAACGCAAAAUACGACGGCUAUAGGCUCACCUACGGCGGGCUCGAUUACCUGGCCCUACACACACAUACCAAAGCUUCGACGGUCUAUUCGGUAGGCAAUCAGAUUGGCGUAGGCAAGGAGUCGGACAUCUUCGUCUGCGCAUCAGAGACCGGCAAGCAGUUGGUCCUGAAGAUUCACCGUCUUGGUCGCAUCUCCUUCCGUACCGUCAAAGCGAACCGCGAUUACCUCCGCAACCGUCAGGGUGGGUCAUGGAUGUACAUGUCACGUCUCGCCGCACUGAAAGAGUAUGAAUUUAUGAAGGCAUUGCGUCAAGAAGGCUUUCCUGUCCCGGAACCCAUUGGCCAGAACAGGCACACUGUAGUUAUGGAGCUCAUCGACGCUUUCCCCCUGCGCCAGAUCUCCAAAGUGGGCGACCCAUCCACACUCUACGCCGAAUUACUCUCACUCAUAGUCCGUCUCGCACAACACGGGCUCAUCCACGGUGAUUUCAACGAAUUCAACAUCUUGGUCGAGGAAAGAGAAGAGAGCGACAACACAGUGUCCCUUAUCCCCACUAUCAUAGACUUCCCACAAAUGGUGUCCAUUGACCAUGCCAACGCCGAGUACUACUUUGAUCGCGACGUUGCCUGCAUAAAGCGCUACUUCGACCGCCGUUUCGGCUUCACCAGCGAUGAGCCUGGGCCUUUCUUCAAGGACGCCAUCAAGAUCAUUGUCAAGAGGCUGGAUGUGGAUGUGCAAGCUUCAGGAUUCAGUAAGAAAAUGGCAAAGGAGCUGGAAGUAUAUAUGAAGGAACAUGGUGUUGAUGGUGAUGCUGGAGAAGUCGGAGCUGAAGAGGAGGCAGAUGAGGCAGACGAGGAGGGGGAGGAGGGUAUCGACGUGGAUGAGGAUCUUGUUGAUGAUAUUGAUCAAGGCGGUGUCUCCCUUGAGGGCGGCCCUGUCACAGAAGACGCCCCUCCCUCCAUUGAAGCACCAGUGGAUCAAGAGACAACGCCAUCAACACUCGCCUCUUACAUGACCAUCCUCGAUAUCCGGGACAACGAUCCACUGCCCGAUCUCAGCGAGAUAAAGCCACCGCCUCGGCCGACAAUCUCCACCAAAGCCGCGAAAAAGAAAGCUGGCUGGGCCAUCUAG